AUGUCGAGUCACUGUCACGAUGAACAUGACCACGGUCAUGGCGGCCACUCUCAUGAAGAAGGGCACGAUCAUUCCGACGAUAUCACCCCCGCACUCCAAUACUCACUCUACCAACACAUCAAUUUCGACGACAUAACCACACUCAACGAAGCCAACUCUGGUUCUGGAAAAGCCAUCGUGAAGAAAACAUGGGCUGAACGAAUGAACGAGCAACCGGAACUCGAAAGCGAUGCCGAUGAGCAACUCUUGAUGCACAUCCCCUUCACGGGCCAAGUAAAACUGCACUCAAUUCUCCUCCGCACAUCCAACUCGGAAUCGGCUCCCAAGACCCUCAAAGUAUUCAUCAACCGCGACGAUCUAGAUUUCGGCACCGCGUUGGAUCUGCAGCCCACGCAGGAGUUUGAAUUGAGCCAGACGUCGGAGAUACAGGAUAUUGGGGUGCGCAGAGCUUUGUUUGGGAAAGUACAGAAUCUGACGCUGUUGGUGGAGGAUAAUUAUGGGGAGGAUGUGAGUCGGAUUUGCUAUGUGGGCUUUAAGGGUGAUUGGAUGCAGUUGGGGAAGGCGCCCUCGAAUAUCUUGUAUGAGGCGGCGGCAAACCCAAGUGAUCAUAAGUUGAAGGGCACAAAUGUGAAUCAGAUGGGUAGUAAUAUUGGACACUGA